CUGAGGCUAGACGUUUACCAGUAUUAAAAUUAAUGGCUCCUGCUCUUGCAAAAUUUCAACCCUAUAUAGAUCAAGAACCACCUGAUGAAUACUUGGAUAAGGUUAUUCAGUCAUGGGCAUAUCUUGAAGGGUAUAUGACAGUUCUUGAAAAUGCAAAUGCAGGAGAUUUUAAUGAUGCAGUCAAGUGUAAUAUUUUAAAGUCUAUGAUGGGCAGAAAAUACGCUCCAGUACUGGCAAAUAAUGGUCUUGUAAUAGGAAAUCCAGCUAUAAAUACUCCAGAUACAUUACGAGCAUUUCUGAUUUCUUCAAUGGCUUCGGGUGACAAGUGGGUGGCAUCUGAUCUAAGAAAUUUACGACUUGAAGACAAAGUGAGAGAACUCAGAAAUCAGAUCACUCACAAAGAUAUUUUCUUUGAUAAUAUCAAAGGUGAGAUUGCUACAAAAUUGGAAGAGAUACAGGCUCUUCAAUCAAGAGUAGAAGAAUUAGAGCAGGGUGUUUCUUUAGCACAGAAGGAGUUAACAGAAAUGGAUUCUUUCAAACCUAAAAAAAAGGAUGAAUUAGCGCAGAUGAAAGAUAAUUUAGUUACAACUCAAAGAGCAUUGAUAGAGAAAGACACACUCCUUCAAGAAGCAGUCCUAAAUAAAGCUCAUUUAGCCGAACAGAUCCCAAAAACAUUCAGCGAGUCUGAAGUGGCUGGAGGGGUCUUAGAGGGACCAGGUGUUAGUGAACAGGAGAAAGGUAACGAUAAUGCUAGCCCUGAAACCAACUGGGGUCUCUAUAGAGAUCGCUCUUCAGUAGCACCUAUCA